AUGGCCUCCGGUGCCCAACCUGCAACAGACACGUCUCUUACAGGGAUUUCACCUGAUCAAAAACGCUCGCAUGAGCCCCAGACCCAUCUAAUAACACAAGCAAUUCACGCUGGAACGUGUGUGCCAGUACCACCAAAACCAAUAGGACCUUUUUCUGCAGUCUCCAGCUCAAGCACAGAAGGACCAGUCGUAAACAACACAUCAUCCAUUCAUCGCACUCCAUCCAAGUCGUCCAUCUCUGAGGCCCAACAUAUGUCUACUGUACUAGUACCUACUGCUAUGCAAGGUGUUUUGCAUUCUAACUUGAAGCACAUUGGAACGCCUAGGGCCAUUGGCGCUCUACGAAACCGAUCCCCUGCAUUAUUGCGCCACUUGACCACGCCGAAUGUUGCGCGUUCUACUCUCGGGUUGAACGUGAACAAAGUUCCAUCACCUGUAUUCUCGGUAAAAACAGAGUCAGACUCAAACUGCGAAGACAGCGACAAUGAAUCUACUCACACCAUCGACACCCAGGCCCGGUCUAGCGAGGAACACAAGGCCCAGCUCGUUUUGAACGCGACCCGUGCACAGCAAGAUGUUUGCUUUGCGGAGAAGACACUCACAGAUUGCGUUGUCCAGCAGAAUAGAGCACUUGGGCUCCUCUACCAGUUCGAGGCUACAGAAGCUGGGAGGAAGUUGGAGGACGCUCAUAUCGACAUCGGUUAUGUACGUCAUUCGGUCCGCAAAAUCGGCAUCACAUUGCUCGAAGACUCUACUAGUAGUAAGCCUAGAAAACGUCGUCGCAAAUCUACUAGUCAGGUUGAUGGUGAUACACUCAGCCCGGAAGUAGACUUGGCUCUGCCACUGCCCGGGCCACUGGCAGAUACAGGAUCUGCGAGCGCGACCCAGAGCUGA